AUGAUCAGGGUGCUGUACGUAGUCGAGUGGCAUCGCGCCACGUCCACUUCGACGCCCCACUCAGCCAGACAUGUGAUGAGCAAACAGACCCUUUGGCGCCAAUCGGCAACAGCCCUUGGCCUCUCUGUCAAUAACAUCGCCACCAUUGUUGCUAUUGCUGUCGCUAUCCAUUCGCUUUUCUCGAGCGGCCCUUGUGAUGUCAUGCACAAAAGGCCUUGGUCCCUCUGCCGAUUCAGUUUCAAUAACCCGGUAACGCUCCUCUAGCUAAGCAACAAGAGCCUCCACCUAGUCUGCAGGCUGUGGCCCCAGAGCCGUUAGAGCUCAGUACGGCAAGCAAAACAACGUUCUGCUCAUAUCGGUAAGGUGUGAAAAGCCCCUUAUUGUUGUGAUAUAUGUGAUUAGUGUGACAACGACUUGAAGAUUAAUUAUGCCCUGGGAAUAUAUGAAGGCAGCAAGUAAGGACAAGUCUACGAAUGCAGUGACCCAUGAACAGGACGAAAGGAUAGACCAGCCCGUUCUUUUAGGGCAUAUUCCACCUCGUUAGAAAGAGAUACCCUUUUAGAACAUAAUAUUAUAACAAAG